AUGAUCUACUGUAUGGGUGUCGGGAAGAUAUCAGAGUGCUCGGAGGAUAUCAGAGUGCCCGGAGGAUACCACAGUGCCCGGAGGAUACCAGAGUGUCGGGAGGAUAUCAGAGUGCCCGGAGGAUACCAGAGUACCCAGAGGAUAUCAGAGUGUCGGGAGGAUAUCAGAGUGCCCGGAGGAUACCACAGUGCCCGGAGGAUACCAGAAUGUCGGGAGGAUAUCAGAGUGUCGGGAGGAUAUCAGAGUGCCCGGAGGAUACCACAGUGCCCGGAGGAUACCAGAGUGUUGGGAGGAUACCACAGGGGCCAGGAGGACACCAGUGUCGAGAGGAUAUCAGAGUUCCCGGAGGAUACCAGAGUGUCGGGAGGAUAUCAGAGUGCCCGGAGGAUACCACAGUGCCCGGAGGAUACCAGAGUGUUGGGAGGAUACCACAGGGCCAGGAGGACACCAGUGUCAAGAGGAUAUCAGAGUGCCCGGAGGAUACCACAAUGCCUGGAGGAUACCAGAGUGUCGGGAGGAUAUCAGAGUGCCUGGAGGAUACCACAGUGCCCGGAGGACACCAGUGUCGAGAGGAUACCAGAGUGCCCGGUGGAUACCAGAGUACCCAGAACAAACCACCAACCUUUACCAGAUUUAGAGCACAGUCCUGCCUGUUUUGAGGUGACAACAGCUCGAGGUGGGCGUGGUGGAGGUGGGCGUGGCGGACGCGGAGGGUACAGAAGCUACCGAGGAAGGUACAGUGGAAGCUAUAGAGGUAGUCGAUCCUCUGGCUCUGCGUGGAAAACAGCUCUUAUCGCAGGAACGGUUUACUAUGGCAGUCGGAGAUAUAUGACUAGGAGGCGUUACUACAACAACCAGGCCCCGCAAAUCUGUGAGAACCGACAAAUGACUGGGAAUGACUUUUACGGAAAAUUUGUCUGUCCUAUGGCGGAGCAGCCUGAUGACUAUGAUUAUUGUUGCGGAGAAAGGGGUUAUCAAAGAUGCUGUAGAUUUACUGAUGAUAAAGGCAGAGUUCUUGGCCUUGUUAUUGGAAUCCUGUGUUUCUUCGCAGUAGUGGGUCUAAUAAUAUUCUGCUUGUGUAAACGUCAGAAGAAGUUAAGUAAGAAGUCAGAAGACUCAAUCAAAAGGCAUACUUGGAGUGAUCGUGCCGCGUCCGCACCUCACACACAAAUCCCAUUAAAAGAUUCCAGAGAGUUUCACAUGAAACCUGCUGGCCCCCACUAUGCGACCUACCCUAAUGGCACAGAGGGCUAUCCACAGGCAGGUGGUUACCCGCAGGCUGGUGUGGCUGGUUACCCACAGGCUGGCGGCUAUCCUGAGUCUGGGCCACCUACCUACCCCACAGAUGAAGUCUGUCUCCAGCCUGGGCCACCUGGCUACCCCACAGGUUAUGGCUACCCCCAGACAGGGGCACCUGGCUACCCAAUGCCCUACCCAGGGUCAGAACCCCCAUCAUAUGACAAGUCAGGUGGCAUGCCUUACUCACCUAACCCUACAGCUGACUACCCCACACCUGGAGGCGGACCUGAGGGGCAGUACCCAGGGGCUGGGCCUCCUCCCCAGUACCCAGGUGAUGGGACAGGACACACAAUGCCUAUGCCCACGUCACAAACUCCAGGGGCACUGCCUUACUCUCCCAACCCUGUGGGAUUUGUUGAUCCAAAUGCAGCCAACUACAACUACUCUGAUCCUAAUACCACUGGCCAGGGUUAUUCUAAAAUGACUGACGCACGAGGAGCACGCUACGGCGGAAGUCGCUACGGCGGAAGUCGCUACAGCAGUGUCCGUUACAGGAGCACCCGUUACAGCCGAAGCAGUUAUCGUAUCCGUACAGGAGCCCGUGUCAGCACAGGAGCCCGUGUCCGGGUGCGGUACGGUGGCGGGUCCCGUUAUAACGGAAUCUACAUUGGCGGAUACCGACAUUAUGGUUACCAUGACGACGACUACUACGAGAACGAGGACCACAGGCAGCCGGAUUCAGUUACAGGCAAAUAA